CGGAGACUCAUUGGUCGGUUAGCGUUUUAGCACAGGAAGUGCAAGGGUGUGUUUCCGAGGGGAGGGCCUUAAACUGCACCGAAGAACUUCCCUGAAGGCACCGUGUUUGUACAUACGCAGGAUGGAGCUGCGGCCACUUGUUAUGUGCUUUGCUCUCUGUGUGGUUUAUGCCACCAGCAAACCCACAGAUAAGAAGGAUCGUGUUCACCACGAUGACCCCCUCAGCAACAAAGAGCACGAUGACGCAGAGAACUUUGACUAUGACCACGAAGCUUUUCUGGGACAAGAUGAGGCCAAGACCUUCGACCAGCUCACACCAGAGGAGAGCAAGGAGAGGCUCGGUAUGUUGGUUGAACGUAUAGAUGAGGAUAAGGAUGGCUAUGUGACAGUUGAGGAGAUGAAGAAAUGGAUCAAGCAUGCUCAGAAGAGGUGGAUCUAUGAUGAUGUGGAUCGCCAGUGGAAGAGUCACGACCUCAACGGGGAUGAAGUGGUGUCCUGGGAGGAGUACAAGAAUGCCACAUACGGAUACAUUCUUGAUGACCCAGACCCCGAAGAUGGCUUCAGCUACCGGCAGAUGAUGACUCGUGAUGAGAGGAGAUUUAAAAUGGCUGACCAAGACCAUGACAUGAAAGCCAACAAGGAAGAGUUUACAGCCUUCCUUCACCCAGAGGAGUAUGACCACAUGAAAGACAUUGUCGUGUUGGAAACUAUGGAAGACAUAGACAAGAAUGGAGAUGGUUUAAUUGAUUUGGACGAGUACAUAGGUGACAUGUACAACCAGGAGGGGGACGCCACAGAACCUGAGUGGGUGAAGACGGAGAGGGAACAGUUUACUGAAUUCAGAGACAAGAACAAAGACGGAAAGAUGGACAAGGAUGAGACCAGAGACUGGAUCCUGCCCAGUGACUAUGACCAUGCUGAAGCAGAGGCCAAACAUCUGGUCUAUGAGUCUGAUGCCGACAAAGAUGGCCGUUUGACCAAGGCAGAAAUUGUGGAGAAGUACGACCUGUUUGUGGGCAGCCAGGCGACCGACUUCGGAGAGGCUCUAACUCGACACGACGAGUUCUAAACAUCCACCUGCAUCCAAAGACUCUCUGUGUUCAUCUUUUUUUUGUUUUACCACCGUACUCCUCCAAAAGUGGAGGGAGUGUUUGAAACAAGAUGAGCUCUUUUGAUCCAACACCUCGGACAAUAAUUUAUUUAAUUUCUUGAAUGUGUCCCUUUGUACACACUCUAAUAACAUAGUAAAGUGUACAUGUUUGGCCAGUGUGUCCUCAUGCUCAGUUGUGCGCAAGUUUGGGAUAUAUCGCCACCCUUUGCUCUGCUUCCACACACUACGCUUACUUCUUCCAGGUCAGGCAAAGAACAAAUGGUGUUAGAUGUCAGCUUGUUUUGAAAGGGUGAUUCUAUGAAAUACCCAUGUUCUGUUACAAAACCCUGAUAGAACAAGUUUAGGCUUGCAGUACACAGAAUAGUUUUGCAUUUCCUGUUGCAAUGCACUGGACUGAGGAGUAAGGCCGAUUUCUAGCCAAUAGAAUUUGUUCUGCUCCUCUGUCUAAUCAUGUAAUCAGGCCCACUUUGUUUUCUUUAUAUUGAUCAUAACAUGUUAUUGCUGGAGAUGUUUCGAACGACGAGAAAAUAUGAAAUUCCAGUGACGGCGAAGACUAUUUGGACUUGUGCAAUACAGCAUCAUUGGGACCACACUGUUUACUAUACUGGUCCCCACAGCAUCCAUGUUUACACAAGCUGUGGCUCCUAUGUAAGAGCAAGUUGUGUUGUGUUAGUUGAAAACACCAGGAAUUUUAAGACCGAUGGAUGCUUGACACUUAAAGCUGCCUCCCCUCUUCUAUCUUGUCACCUCAGUCGUGUGUGCGUGUGUGUGCACUUGUGAAUCUAUGUGUGUACAUUAUUUUUGUUUUAUUGAGCUGAACUAACAGAUUUUGUGUGCCAAGCAAAAAUAUUUGUCCCGUUUUGUAAGCAGUUUGAAAAAUACUUUGCCCUCCUAAAUUUGUUUGUUAUGCUUGUAUUAUCUCUUACCACCAUUUAUAACCACUGUUGAUACUUUUUAUGGUAUACUAUAAUGUAUAUGACAAUGAGUUUUUUUACAUGUUCACUGCAGUGACCACCCUUUCACUAGUGACUUUACUGUAAAUAAGUUGUUGCUCUGCAAGUUGAGCAAUCUAACAAUCAGGUCCAAUUUUUGUGAUUUAGAAGAAUGUCUCAAUAAAAACAAAUACAAUUGGA